AUGAACAACCCAGAUGCCGCACUCUAUGCCCGGCAGCACGACCGAAACGUAUACGAGCGGGCUGUCGACCUCCUUUUGCCUGAUGUCCUUCAGCGCUGCUCACCCCACUUCGCCAAGCUUGUGCGCACUUUUUCCAAGCGCCUCGAGGAAUGGAUGGAAAAGGCCACUGCCAACCUGCCCACAACAUUCGGCGAGGCCAAACGGCUCGAACUCAGUCUUUUUGCUCAUCGUUUGCGUCGUCAUACAGCUUUGAAUCACCUUUCAACUGCGGCUCGAGCCGUCUUGGCGCAGGAGAGCCAUGUACAAACGAUGUGCGAUGAUUAUUCCAAGGUGGACUUUGAGAGCAUCAAGGAACAAUUAUUGUGGCUAUGCGAGGAUUGCUCAGCACAAAUGCUGGUCGAAAUGGAGGCCAAGUUCAAGACGAUGCAAGCCUCUGCCACGACCGUUGAGGCCUGGGCGGCUUGGUUGCAAGGGGUGGUUCAACAAGUUUUGGGUCCCUACUUUAAAACUCCUGAUCUGGCAGCGCGCGCCGGCGAAUUUCAGCUCAAAUGGUCCACCCUCACUUCUCUUGUGAUCCGUGAUUUGACACUGCGCUCGGCGACGAGCUUUGGCAUGUAUCAUCUCAUGCGCCUCCUAAGUGAU